CACGCCACUUUUAGUUUGUAAAACCCUUUUACCCAAAUUGCAAACAAAACCUGACCAGAAGAAGACUCAAAAUCCUUACUCAUCAGCCGCCCCAAAAUGGAAGACGAAAUAAUAUUAGCAUCGUCAUCAUCAUCGUCAGAGGCCGGAAUAGGCUGUUGGGACCUUCAUUCAGGCGCAGAACACCUCCGUUUUCGUUCCUGUUCUUCCCCCUCUCACGGCCUUGUUUCCGUCGGCGGCCGCUUUAUCGCUUCUUCUCAGCUUCGUGAUUCCUCUUCUGGCUCUGUUCUCUAUUGGUCCUGGAACAAGCCUCAGGUAGAAGUGAAGAGUUUUCCGGCUGAAGCGAUUAGUCCUCUUGCUAGUAAUAGUGAUGGUACUUACAUAGUUGGAGGAGGUCUUUCUGGUGAAAUUUACUUGUGGGAGGUUGCCACAGGCAGAUUGUUAAAGAAGUGGCAUGCUCACUAUAGGGGUGUUACUUGUUUGGUGUUUUCAGAGGAUCAGUCACUUUUGAUUUCUGGGGCUGAAGAUGGAUCUGUUAGAGUCUGGUCGCUUCUAAUGAUAUUUGAUGAAGAGCGGCAGCAGAGAGCAGGGCAUCUUUAUGAGUAUAGUUUCUCUGAUCAUGCUCUGCCCGUAACCGAUAUCGUUACAGGGUAUGGAGGAUCUAAUGCUAUCAUACUGUCUGCUUCGCAGGAUCGUACUUGCAAGAUUUGGAGUCUAGCUAGGGGAACUUUGCUGAGAAAUGUUGUGUUCCCGUCAGUAAUUGAUGCAGUCGCAUUGGAUCCUGGGGAGCACGUUUUUUAUGCUGGUGGUAGAGAUGGAAAGAUAUACAUUGCAGAACUCAAUGCUCAAGGCACAUCCAAAUAUACUUAUGGGUUGCAUAUCAUUGGUACAUUGUCUGAUCAUAGUAAGGCUAUAUGCUCUUUGGCUUUUGCGCUGGAUGGAGUUCAGUUGGUUGCUGGAUCAGAGGAUGGCAUGGUUCGAGUCUGGGACACUAAAACCCAUAAUAUCAUUCGUGUUUUGAAACAUGCAAAAGGCCCCGUUAACAAUAUCCUUGUUAUUCGACAACCACCAGCUCUUUACUCUAGAACAUUAGCAAAUAAUCAAGCUUCAAUGGCAAGAAAGCAUGUGUCAAUGCCACCGGCACUUGAGAAAUAUUCUUCAGUAGAUGAAAACUCCGAUUUUAGUGCAUACAUCGCUCCUCAGCCUGAUUAUCAGAGGCCUUGUGACAUGGCCUUCGCCACUCUUCACUCUAUGAACAAACAGAUUGAUGAACUUCAGCAAAAUGUUUCUUCUGGGGCUUCUGAAAUGGAGGUGGAAAGAUUGAAACUAGACAACAAAAGGUCCAUGCAAAUGGUCCAGCAAUGGAAAAAGAUGUACGGAAAUUUGCAUCAAUAUUGUGUUGAUGAGCUUUUAAGUGGAGAAGGCGAUAAAGCCAACUUGGCACUGUAAUCUGUUCAGCUCAUUUACAAUUUGACUAUCUAAAGAUUUCAGGUUCAUCUACAACUGUUUUGCUUGUAUAAUCAUCGGAUUUGUUUACCAUAGAAGAAUUUUGUAGUACAUCUCUUUCUCUCAGUUAUGUGUAGUUUAUGAUUUCAAUAACAUAUGAAUCUUUUUUAUCCAA